AUGGAGCAGGGGAGCUGCUGUGCAGAGGAUCCUAGGCCUGGGCCUAUCAGGGUGAAGACCAGACCCUGCCAUGGGGGCUGGAGAGCCCUGGGGCUGCUGCUGCUGUUGCUGGCAUUGGCCACUGCUGGGGCUGUAACUGGAGGGCUUUUUGGCUUUGCUCACAGCCCUCCCAAGCCACUGCUACAGAUGCUCCGUCUGACCCUCCCGAGCCCCAGGGUGUACCAGUUCAACCAAACUGCCCAGGUGGACGUGGCCGGGAAUGUGGCAACCAUCAGGGUAACCCCGACUCAGAGUAACCACAGCUGGGCGGUGCUGUUCGAUGGGCAGAGCGACUGUGUCUGUUACCGACCUGCAGAGCACCGGGCCUGCUUCCUCCACCCAAUGGAGCCCAGAGAUCGCAAGACCCUGCAGCUGCUGGUGAACACCUCAAAGACCCAGGGGUCUAACAGCCCCAGCCAGGAGACCCACUAUGCUCAGGAGCUGCUGGCAGUGCUUGGGAGCCAUGAGGUGGACCCUGCCCAAGUGGGGGCUUCAGUGCGGCACUUUUGCUCAAAGAUCCCCAUUUACUGGGCCCGUCGAGCAGAGGGGCCCCGGAGGCAGCGGCUGAUCUAUCUAUGCAUCGACAUCUGCUUCCCAAGCAACAUCUGUGUGUCAGUCUGCUUUUAUUACCUCCCAGACUGAACCCCCAGCCCAACCAGCCCCACCAGCCAGC